AUGCAAUAUGCACACUGGAAGGGUAACGGUCACUUUCUCACUGAGACAAACGUCGUUUACUUCUCUGGGAAUGACGAUAACAGCAGAAACGGGGUCGCUUUCAUUGUUCCAAAAAGUUCAAGGAACUGCGUAUUGGGGUAUGAACCUGUUAGUGAUAGAAUAAUAAGUAUCAAACUAAGGGCAUCGCCAGCAAACUUUAACAUCAUACAGGUUUAUGCACCAACCAGUGCCGCAUGUAAUGAGGAUGUCGAAUCGUUCUACUUGAAGCUGGAGACUACAAUAUCUAAGAUUCCACAAAGAGAGUUGCUUAUCAUUAUAGGAGACUUUAACUCUAAGGUCGGUUCCGAUUCCCAUCUACUAAGUUCUUGUUUGGGAAAGUAUGGACUGGGGCAGCGUAACGAAAGAGGGGAACGACUAAUUCAAUUUGCAGCAGAAAACAACCUCGUUAUAUCAAAUACUUUCUUCCAAAACCAUUCUCGGAGACUUUACACUUGGAUAUCACCUGACGGCAAUUAUCGUAACCAAAUUGACUAUGUAUUGGUUAGAUCACGGUGGAAGACAUCCAUCAGGAACACCCACACUUUACCAGGAGCCGACUGUGGUUCAGAUCACCAACUGCUGAUGGCCAAAAUUCAGCUUAAGCUAAGAGCGGCCCGAAAAAUUGUUCAACAGCGGAGGCUCGAAGUAAGGGAUAGAUCAAAAUUUUUAGCCGCAUUAGAGGAAAACUGGAAUCAGUGGACAAUUGUGAACUCUAAGACCGAAUGUCCAGAUAAAAUGUGGGAUUGCGCAAAGAACCUUAUUAGUUGCGCUGUCAAGCAAAUAGCUCCAACCUCAGGUACUCGUAAAAGGCAACACUGGAUGAGUGACAGCACUCUGGCUCUUGUAAAGGAAAGACGAGAGAUGAAGGCUACGGGAACAGAUGUGAGGACAUUAAAUGAAAAGUCUGCAAACAUACAGACAGCAUGUAGGCGAGACCUUAACGCCCAUUUUCAGAAUAUAUGUGCAGAAGUUGAAAUCCAUGCAAAUAAAUAUGAAUCUAGGGACCUUCAUCAAAAAAUUCGAUCGAUGACCCGAUCUCUCUGUACCAAAACAUGGGCUAUAGAGAACUCUCAUGGUCAAACAGUGACAGAGAUAGAAGCAAUAUCGGAAACUUGGAAGGAAUACUGUCAAUCACUGUUUGAGGACGUGGAAUCACAGUAUUUUGCCUCGACAGAACCCAUGGACGAAGAAAAAGAGCCAAACAUUCUGAAGGACGAAAUCAGAGCGGCCAUAAAACAUCUGAAAACUGGAAAAGCUACAGGCAAGGAUUCGAUUCCCAUUGAAACAAUCAAAGCCUCAAAAGAAUAUGGCGUCCAAAUUUUUCAUGCAUUGUGUAACAAGGUGUGGUAG